CGACUGGAUAGCACAGAUGCUCAGUUUGUGGACGUGUUGCACACAGACAUCGAUGCUUUCGGUUUUAGAGCACCAAUGGGUCAUAUUGAUUUUUAUCCCAAUAAGGGAACAGACCAGCCUGGCUGUCCAAAAUGGUUGACUGGAUCCUCCUACUUUAAAUGUGACCAUCAGAGGUCAGUGUUCCUUUAUCUGGACACUAUAGAUCAGAAAUGUUCCAGCCUUGCGUUUCCCUGCUCCUCUUAUGAAGAGUUUCUGGAUGGAAAAUGCAUGAAUUGUGACCAAUUUGGUGAAGCUGGAUGUCCGGUCUUUGGUUAUGACAUUAUAAAAUGGAAGGAGCACCUGAUGAACCAGAGUAACACAAAGUACUACUUUAGCACCAAUGAGGAGUCUCCAUUCUGCAGUAUGUAUUCUCUAUUCAGCAGAAUAACUAGAGGGUGACAUAAACACGUUUUAUUAUACAUACAAUAACAGAUACAACUCAGUGCAUUCAGAAGUUAUCAAUUUAUUUUAGUACAAAC